AGGUUUUGGAUAAGGGAAGGCAUAUUUUACGAAUCGGCAACACAAUACAGCGGCGCAUUAUUGAUACCCACACAACAUCACUUGGCUUCUUUUUUUAUCAUUUUAUAUGAUACACAACAUCACAUUAUUUUCGUUGUCUAUAUUUAUACCGAUAAUCUCUCUUCACCAUUAUCAUGCAACAAUAGAAGAGAAUCUCAAAACGCCCGACGGGAUAGGACGCAUGAAUAAGAGAGAUCCUUCGAAUCUCGAGGCUUGUAUGGGUGGUUGUGGCGGAAGCUGCCGUCAUUCAAUCAAUCAGAACAUGUAUAGGUACUCUGUAUCUGAGACAUGGGGGCGAAGCACGAAUUUAUGUGCCCGCACAACGAUAAUAGAAUUCAUGUAUAUAAUUUUUACAGCCUGCCUCGCUGAGAGGGCUUAGUACUUAAUGUAUAGACGAGCCUGCCGGAUCGAUAUAAAAAUACAAUCCGAUGCUACAUUUAUCAUAUCGUCUUGCAUAUGGUGAAUCG